CAGAAGGUAAUCAACAAUCAGCCACCGGUACCCUGAUGUUCGUUUUCUCUUUCACUGUUUAGUGUUCACGACGAAAACCGGUUUCUUUACUCUCACGCAAGCGCAUUUCACCGUCAACAAAGCUACACUCUCUCGCAUCCCAACACGAUCAUCAUCGUCAUCGAGAUCAUCAUUGCCAACUAGCAUUUUCACGGCCAAACCCGGACGCGACGCAGUGCUUGUUUAGUUGCACUUGAGAGAUGGCACCGCUCCGAUGGGGAAUUGUAAGUGCCGGUAAAAUUUCGCACGAUUUUACAACUGCAAUAUCCACUUGGCCCAAGGAAGACCACAAAGUGGUGGCCGUUGGCGCGAGGAAGCUGCAGGAUGCGAAAAAGUUUGCCAAAGUGCACGACAUUCCCAAGUUCUACGAGGGUUACAAGGAGAUCGCAAAAGAUCCGGAAAUUGAUGUGGUAUACAUCGGUGCCGUGAAUACAACGCAUUACGAAAUCGGAUUUAUGAUGUUGAACCAUGGCAAACAUGUUCUAUGCGAGAAACCUCUCUGUAUAAACGAAGGCCAAUCUAAGCGACUGAUUGCCCAUGCUGAAGCGAAGAAACGAUUUCUAAUGGAAGCCAUUUGGUCAAGGUACUUCCCUUCGUAUAUCCAUUUGAGAAAACAGGUUGACGGGGGAGAGUUGGGUGAAAUCAAAGAGGUCAACGUAUCGUUCGGAUUCUACCUUUCCGAUGUGGAUCGGCUGCGCAUGAAAGAACUCGGUGGCGGAACGGUGCUCGAUUUGGGAGUCUACACGAUACAGGUGUGUUUGUGGGCCUUCCGCGAUGCGCCGAACAAGAUCGUGGCCAAAGGUAAACUGAACGAGGAAGGCGUCGACAUGGAGGUUGAGGCAGAGUUACACUUCCCGAAUAGCGGAAUCGGGAAGAUAAAAACUAGUGCCUUGCGGAAGUUGGACAACGACGCGGUUAUACGGGGAACAAAGGGAAGCAUAACGUUACAUGACUUCUGGUGCCCGGUUUCAUUGACCGACGUCGACGGAUCGGUUAAGCAGUAUCCCCUUCCGAAGGCACCACGCACAUUCAUCUUCCAGAACAGUUGUGGACUGCGGUACGAAGUGGAGGAAGUUCGUCAUUGUCUGGCCGCCGGUCGGCUGCAAUCGGAGUCGGUGCCACACAGCGAGAGUUUGCUGAUAGCUCGCAUUCAAGAUGAGAUAAGAAAGCAAAUUGGGGUACACUUUAAGGAGGAUGACAUGUAUAAAGUCUAGAGCUGUGCAGUUCAGUGAUCGAUGAGGAAAAUGAUUAUGGGUUUUUAUAAGAUUGAUAUAAAUAGCGAGCGAAUACGAUUUUUAUAUCAUAUAUGUUUAUGGAAAACAAUUGAUGAAUGGAAGACUAUUUAUUAUACAAUAUACGAUUUAUAU